AUUAAAAAAAAAUCGCUUCUGUGGUGUGGUGUGUUUUCAUUUUCAAUUUUUAAUUUUUCAAGACUUUUACUAAGUGAUUAAUUGUUAAGUAUUGACUAGAUUUUUAUUCGAAACCUUAUAGCUAAUUACUUAUAAUUUGAAAUCUUGUAAGAUAUGUAUUAGAGAUAUUAUCGUAAAUUAAUACGCCAUGGCUGGUAACUUUUGGCAAAGUUCACAUCAUCAACAAUGGAUACUGGAUAAACAAGAUCUAUUUCGUGAUCGUCAACAUGACCUGGCAAAGCUGACAGAGGAGGAGUAUCAAAAAGUAUUCAACUUUUUUGCAAGUAUCAUACAAGUAUUGGGAGAGCAGUUGAAACUUCGACAGCAAGUUAUAGCCACUGCUACGGUCUACUUCAAAAGAUUCUAUGCAAGAAACUCGCUGAAAUGUAUAGACCCGUUACUUUUAGCGCCCACUUGCGUGUUCCUAGCGUCCAAAGUGGAGGAGUUCGGUGUAAUUUCCAAUUCAAGACUUAUAACGACAUGCCAAACAGUGAUCAAGAACAAAUUCAGUUACGCGUACGGACAGCAAGAGUUCCCUUACAGGACAAACCACAUACUGGAGUGUGAAUUUUAUUUACUUGAAAAUUUGGACUGUUGUCUCAUUGUAUAUCAACCCUAUAGACCUUUGUUGCUAUUUGUUCAAGACAUACACACUCAAAUACAAGAUGACCAAAUUCUUACAUACGCUUGGAGAAUUGUUAAUGAUUCGUUGAGAACUGAUGUCAGUUUGUUAUAUCCUCCUUAUCAGAUUGCCAUAAGUGCCCUUCAUAUAGCUUGUGUAAUGCUCGGCAAAGAGAACCUCAAGCCCUGGUUUGCUGAGCUAAAUGUAGAUAUGGAUAAAAUACAAGAGAUAGUAAGGACCAUUAUUAAUUUGUAUGAAAUGUGGAAGAGUUACGACGAAAAGAAAGAAAUUCAAGGACUGCUAGGGAAAAUUCCUAAACCUUCUCCAGCGCCACAGAGAUAAUGUUCCAAAUGAUUGCUGAAAUAUAAUCAAUAUUUUAUUAGAUAAA